CAAAGGAGGCGAAAGAAGAGCAGCUCUUGUCAAGAAGUUUUGGAGUCCACUCUGCCGUGUUUGAGGGUGAUAAUAGUUGACAAAAUAAACAUCAAACAAGCAGCUGUGUGGACGACGAAGCGUGGCUCGGAAUCAGACACAGACAUGGAUGCACUGUUUGGAUGGGGCCAGCCCCCCCUAAACCAAGGUAAUCCUUUCAUAGAAAUCAUUGAGCAGCCAAAGCAGAGGGGGAUGAGGUUUAGGUACAAGUGUGAGGGACGCUCGGCCGGCAGCAUCCCUGGAGAGAAGACCAACGACAACACCAAGACGUACCCCUCCAUCAAGGUGCACAACUACAGCGGCCCCAUGCGUGUUCGCAUCUCGUUGGUGACCAAGAAUGCGCCACACAAGCCUCACCCCCACGAGCUGGUUGGGAAAGACUGCAAACAUGGCUACUAUGAGGCCGACCUGCAGGAGAGACGCAUACACAGUUUUCAAAACCUGGGCAUUCAAUGUGUGAAGAAAAAGGAUGUGAAUGAAGCUAUCACUUGUAGGCUACAGACACACAACAACCCCUUUAACAUUCCUGAGGCCAAGGUGUGGGAGGAAGAGUUUGACCUGAAUUCAGUCCGGCUUUGCUUCCAGGCCUCCAUCACCCUGCCAACAGGGGAGCUGUGUGCCCUGGAACCAGUGGUGUCCCAGCCCAUCUAUGAUAACAGAGCCCCAAACACAGCUGAACUGAAGAUCUGCCGAGUCAACCGCAAUUCUGGAAGUUGCAAAGGAGGAGAUGAAAUCUUCCUGCUCUGCGACAAAGUGCAAAAAGAAGACAUCGAGGUGCAUUUCUUCCAGGACUCCUGGGAGGGAAAGGGCACUUUUUCCCAAGCUGACGUUCAUCGGCAGGUGGCCAUUGUGUUUCGCACACCGCCGUACCGUGACACCAACCUUACCGAGCCUGUUAAAGUGAAGAUGCAGCUCCGCAGACCCUCCGACCGAGAGGUCAGCGAGCCAAUGGACUUCCAGUUCCUGCCCUCUGACCCAGAUGAAUACAGACUGAUGGAGAAGAGGAAGCGCACAGGAGACAUGUUCCAGAGCCUGAAGCUGGGAACUAUGCUGCCUGGCGUUUCUAUUCCAACAGAGAGACGGCCCAUGAACACCGCAAGGAGAACGGUCACAGCCAAGCCUGUAUCAAUGAAUAUCCAAUCUGCAGGCGCACCUCCAGUCAUGCCCCCUACUGGUGGUAGAGUGAAGCCUUACCCUUACGUCCAGCCAGGCCAACUCUUCUCAGUCCAGCCCAAGGUAGAAGCCUCGCCCUCGGUUCCCACCACGACAGCAAGCCAAACAUGGAAGUUCAUGGAGAGCCUGACACUGGACCCCCAGCCGAAAGUCUCCUCUUCCGCCACCAUCAACCAGGACCUGUCUACAGUCAACCUCUCAGACCUUCAUGACUUCUUCCCUCCCUUCUCCUCAGCAGUUGCCCAGGGGCCAGCAGCUUCUCAGGGGAGCACGGCCUCCACACAGCCCAGCUCUUCCUUCACCCUCCCACCCACACAGUUCAGGUCGGACCCCCCAAUGGUGGAUGACGAUAUCCCGGAGUUCCCUAGCUUUUCUGAGGCCCAGGCCACAGGCAACCUGGACAGUCUCAACAUGGAUGAGUUUGAGGACCUGCUCAACCAGCGGCUCUUGAGCGAGGGUGGAAACGGUGCCUCGAUGCUGGCUCAAGCUCCAGCUGGCUCCUCUACCACUGCUCAGAACAAUGCAGUAUUGCAGAACACUCUUGACCCAGCCAGCAACCCAGGAAGUACCUGGAUGAAUUACCCCAACAGCAUUGUCAGCCUGCUGGCGAACGAGAGCAUGAUUGACAGUUCACCCACCAAUGCCGUCUCACGCACUCCCAUGGAUGACUUUGAUGAGUUUCUGUCAGGAGAUGAUGAUCGUCUUAUUUCCAUUUUGAAUAGCGGACAACAAGCUGGUUUUGUGUCGGGACACCCAACUUAAAGGCUGUCAACAUGCUUUUUUUUU